AUGACUGACCCAUCCCUUUUCCAGCUUAUACACUUCGAUUUAGCACACCUCAUCCACUUUGCCACAACCAACACCAAAGUCCCUCUGAGAGAGAAUGCCCCAAAAAAGCGCAAGUUCACAGCACGGUCGGACUUGGCCAUCGACAAUUUGAAGUACAAGGACAUUUCCAGUGUGAGUCAUGACUCUUCUGAAUUAGAGGAGGAGCCCUCAGACCUUAUCAAUUUCGUGGAUCGAACUAUAAGCUUUGAUAAUGACUCGCCGGUGGAAUUGGAAGCGAAUCUCUUGCAAGGCUUAGCCCAGGUGGCGGAAGGUGUUUAUGAGAUCAUAACUGACGACAUCAAGCUCUCGUAUGACCAAAGUGAGCAGUUGGUGUUUGUUAAGAACAAGAAGGUGGCCAAUAUUUCAGCAAAAACACUAAUUUCCAUCAACUUAUUUGGCCUAGAAGGUCCAAAAAGGGAGUCAGUGAAAAACGAAAUUUCCAUACUCAAUAUGGCUAACCUUAAACUUCGUAAAAACGGUCUUUCCGUUGUAUCCCCAUUGAUGAAAAUUACAUUAAACUCCAAAACUAACAAGAUCAACAUUUCGAUUCAAUACAAAAUCUUCACCGAAUGUGAUAUUUACCGAGUUUGCCAGUCGGAUAUGUUGCAUAAGCUCCAUACGAUAAUUUUGGGCUUGAUUGAGGACAACGUUAAAAUCACAAACAUCGAGCCCGUUACAGCUAAAUUGUUUUACACUAGUAUAUCAGAGAAUACGUCACGAAUGCCACAAUGUCGGGAGGAAUUUGAUAUCCCUGAAUUGGAAACAAGUCUCCUCGGAUUUCAGAAGAAAACCUUGAGCUGGUUGUUAUCCAAAGAGCAUGUCAAAUAUGACCAUUCCACCAACAAAUGUGAACGGAUUCCACUAUUGGAUACUGAAACUAUUAAUAUGGCAAACGCUUAUCUCAAAAAUGAACAGGUAGAAAUGGGAAAACUCAUUUCAAAAUUAUCUUUAACAUUAGAUAAGUUAUGCUUUGGAUGGGAGAAAGUAAGAAUUACCAUAGAUCCGAAUUCAUUCUACUUUUACAAUAGGUACACCUCAAACCUUAUUACCACGAGAGAGGUAUGCAAGUACCUCAAAUACUAUCAUGAAACAAAUGACAGGCAAAAUUAUCCAUUGCUCCUACCCUCACAGGGUCUUUUGGCAGAAGAAAUGGGGUUGGGUAAGACAGUUGAAAUCACAACUUUGAUCUUGAUGAACCAACGCCCGAUCGAAGACAUAAAUGAAACUAUUAAAGUACAAUUACAACCCUUUGGUGACCUUAAAACGAUUAUCAAAGCGAAGACAAAUUUAGUGAUUGCACCAGAAUCAAUUUUGAAGCAAUGGGUCGAGGAGAUUAUUCAAUUAGCACCUAGUCUUGCAGUAACGAUAUACCAUGGUGUUGGUAACUAUCCUAAGCUCCAGAAUAACCCCGUGUUGAUAGCAGAAUACCUUCGGAAGUUUGAUGUUGUGUUCACAACUUAUAGUGUUAUUUCCAAGGAGCUAGAUUAUGCAUUGUAUUCUUCUAGGAACAAAUCUACAAGAACCCGAAGAGUAACCUAUAGUGAAAACUACGAGGAAGAGAGUAAUAUGCCUCUGGAGGAAAAGAAAGACAACCAACAGCUCUUGAAUGACUAUCAAUCAUUUUUCCAGCUUGCUCUUAAGUCUGUUAAACCAAAAGUGGCCAACUUGAAAUCAUCGGAAGACCAACAAGAGACGGAUUUCGAAAAGGCACUUUUGGAUGAAAUUAAUUUGGCCAUUAUCCACAAUAGAAUACCCGAAAUUUAUAAAUCCGUGGAUUAUGAAUCGCCAUUAAUGUUGAGUCAAUUUUGGAGAGUGGUUCUAGAUGAAGUCCAGAUGGUAAGCUCUAAAAUCUCUCGUGCUUUUCAGAGUGCUAGUUUGAUUCCAAGAUUUCAUUCAUGGGGAGUUUCAGGUACACCAAUUAAAAAGAAUCUACAAGAUUUGCAUUCAAUAUUGCAGUUUUUGAAGGUUCAACCCUUUUGCAAUGAAGUUGGGAAGUUUUGCUGGGAAAAUCUCAUCAAGAAUAGUAACGACUUCAUCGAUUUAUGGACAUCUAUCUCCAUAAGACACACUAAGGCCAUGACUCACGAUGACAUUAAACUUCCUCCUCAGAGUCGAGUCUUACUAACUAUACCAUUCACUGCAAUUGAACAAGAUUUGUACAACCAGCUACUUGAAGAAUGCUUGGCUACUAUUUGUCUUGACGUGAACGGAAAUCCGAUUUCGAAUGACUGGGAACCAUCGUCUACCAUUUUGGCAUACAUGAGAAGUUGGUUACUGAGAUUACGUCAAGUAUGUUGUAAUCCUCAAAUAGGCAAACUUAAUAUUGGAUCCAAAAAAUACAGGAAGUCCUACAGUAAUUCAGCUCGUGGGAUUGGAAUGAUUCAAAAGCUUAAGACUUUGGAAAACUUGCUAGAUGAUAUGUUGACUAAAGCUUACAAUGAUGUUAUAGAUGUGGAGAAACAAUUGUAUCAGUUGUACCUUGAUCUCGGGGAGUAUCAUGAAUUUAUUUAUAAACCCCAAGUAUCAUUAGUUUUUUUAAAUGUUGGAUCUAAAAAGACCGAGAAAUUAAUUUACCGAUUGAAGCGUAUUCUUGAAAAGUUCAUCGAUUCCUACAAAUUGCAAUACCUGAAGAUUCUGGGUGACAAAAUCAAGUAUGAAAAUGAUAAUGAGAUUGGGACUAUUGAAGCUAGUACGAAUUCAAGUUCAAUUCCAAGGGAUGAUACAAUGGAAAAGCUCGAGGAUAAAAUCAGGGUCUUGAGGAUAAGAAUUAGGAAUUGGAACAUUGUAUUACAUCGGUUUUACUUUCUUAUUGCCUCUGCUUAUUUCCAAAGGUACGAUACAGAGUAUGGUGAAUUAAUCAAGAAAAAUGGUGUGAGUGACAAUAAAACGGUCCUUCCCCAAGAAUUAAAAUCUUUGGCCACUGAUAUGGAAGAUGAUCAUUUGAAAGAUGAACUUGCAUCUUUAGUUAAUAAUGUUAAGAUUGACGCUUUCAAACUUGAACAAAUAGAUUAUACUCAAAACAUUAAAUUAGAGGAGUAUGAUAUCGAAGGAGAGACGGAGGAGGAGAAAAACUUUAAGUACCUUGAAUUAAAGUAUUACGAAUUGGCUGAGCAAACAAGGCGUGAUAUUUUACUGAACUCAAUUGAUAAUGUCCAGAAAACAGUAAAGGCCAGGAUUACCAGUAAAGGGAUUUACCACAAGAAUGUCAAGCAUCAUUUCCAGGACAAUGGAAGUCUCCAGUUACCAAAAAAUACCAAAAGCUUUUUUAUGAAGAUCCCAGAAAUUCAUGUGGAAGGGUUAAGUGAUUUUCUGAUCACUAUGAGUAUGAAGGUGUUCGUAGACUCGUUGGGAAAGAUAAUCACUCAGUUGAAUUUGCAAACAUCUACAAUAAAUGAAUGGAUGAGUGAUAUGAUUGAGAUCUUAUGCAAAGAGUUAUUAAGCCAUGAUAAGAGUCCAAAUGGUGAAGAAUAUGAAGAGAGUAUCAAAGAUCAGGAUAAAGUAUCUUCAUACUUGUUCGUCCUCGGGCAAGUCCUCAGCGAUAGGUUCCAGGUGUUAAAUGGGCUAGAAAGCUCCGUGAAAUUGGUGACCGUGAAAAAGGUUCAAGAGCAGAGGGAGGCUGAUUUGGAGUUACAGAAAGUUAAUGAUACAGAAUUUCUAUCGAACUUGCAAGUGAUUAGAGAAAACAUCAAACCAACAGUCAAAAAAUCGUUCCAAGAUGUGGUGUUACAAAUCAAAGAACUAGAAUCUGAACUAAAGGAGAGCAUUGGGGAUGAUGAUGAAAAAAGGGUCAAUAUUCAAUUAGAAUUAAUCGAGGAAUUGGGCAAUAAGAUCAGAACCAUCUACGAAAAUCAAAAGUUGGCGUUGAUUCUCUUGCAAAAAGAAUUGAAUGUGAAUUGUAAUGCAGUUUUCAAUAGUCGUACAGAUUACUUCAAGCAAUUGCAACAGAUAUCUGAUAGUGUUAAAACUUCAGACUUCGGGAUGAAUAGAGAGGAAUUGGAUGGUACUCAAGUACAAAGAAAGCUCAUUACUUAUGGCCAGAACUGCAAGGUUAUCAGAGGUAAAAUGGACAAAUCCAUUGCCAAAUUUAGAUACCUUCGUGGAUUAGUUGGGGGGGACAACUCAGAAGAGGACUCGUUGAUGUGCAGUAUUUGUCGUUGUACCAUAACCAUUGGGUCCUUGACCCAAUGUGGUCACAAAUACUGUAAGGACUGCCUUGAACAAUGGUUAAAAACCGUUAGAAACUGUCCAAUGUGUAAAUCUUCCAUAUCUAUGGACUCGGUUUAUAACUUCACUCAUCACAAACCUGAUUUAAAAGUGAGUAAAGUUGAAGAUCACAAGGUAACUCCUCAAGGUCAAGCGAAAAAUCUUCAUUCGAUAUAUAAACCAAUUUCCAAAGAGACCAUUGAUGAGAUUCAACAAAUCAAGCUCAUACAUUCAUACUCUUCGAAAGUGGAUUUGAUUGUGAAACAAGUGCUUCACCUUAGAAGUAGAGAUCCUAACGUGCAGAUAGUCAUUUUCAGCCAAUGGCAAGAUAUGUUAUAUAUCUUAGGAACAGCUUUCAAAGCAUCUGACAUUUCGUAUCUUGGAUCAUAUGGAACACUAACUCCCGAAGUUGGAAUUGGGAGAAAGCCUAGUAAGUUUGACUCGGUUGAAUUAUUUAAGGAUCCGAAGAAUGGUAUCACUUGCUUCUUGCUAAAUGCUAAAGCUCAGUCCAGUGGUUUAACACUUAUUAAUGCAACACACAUCUUUUUGUGUGAGCCGUUAGUGAAUACAUCUUUGGAAUUACAAGCCAUUUCUCGAAUUCAUAGGAUUGGGCAAACAAAACCAACUACGGUGUGGAUGUUUGUCAUUGAGAAUACUGUUGAAGAAAGUGUGGUAUUGACUUCUACAAACAAAAGGUUACAAUAUAUGGAAAAUGGUGGUGAUAACACCAACGAAUCCAGUGAAGAGAAGAAGUUGAGUAAAGCAGAAUCGAUAACACUAAUGAAUAGUGAAGGCAUAGAUUCAAUGAUCAACAAGGGGACUUCAAGAGGCGAAACAGUCACCAAUUCUGAUAUUUGGAAUGCCUUCUUCAGUGCCCGGACUGGACUGGGGGUGACUGAUAUCAGUAUCAGUGAAAAGAGUUAG